UUGGCGAUAGUAUACUGCCAAAACCUGUGCUGGGACCAAAUGUAAGAGUGAAACUUCCAGAUCAACCGUCGAGGAAGGCCGGAUAACUUUCUACUCACAGGGUUGUAUUGAACCUGGCUGUGAUUGAACAACGCAAAAACAGAGGAGAAUUGAAAGCCGCCCGGCACCAUCGUCUUCAGUGCAGUUACGACUCCCCAAGACAUCAUUUGAGCUCUGAAAAUUUGCUCUCUGCCACCAAGAUAUCGACAAGUGCCAAGCGUUGGAACACGCGUGCCAAGCUGAACAUGCCGGCUCAACGAGAGGUGCUCUUUUCGAUCAUCUUCUUCGUACUGCUGUUUGCUCAACAACUGACUUUAGCCGCCGACACAGAUACUAACGAAGAAUGUUCUAAGAAAUGUUCUGAUGACUUUGAUAGAAUUGAGUGUUUGAAGAUUUGUGUUUCUAACUCAAAUUCAACUGAGAACGACGAUGACGACGAAAAAAGAAGCGCGUUUUGGAGGAUAGGGCGUGGAGACGAUAAGAAAAGUGCAUUUUGGAGAAUUGGUCGAGGUGGCGAGGACAUGACCGAUAGUGACAAUGAGAGGAAAAAGGCUUUCUGGAGAAUAGGAAGAGACCCAAAUAAGAAAAGUGCCUUUUGGAGAAUUGGUCGAUCGGACAAUGAUAAUGACGAAUCCAAGAAAAGCGCUUUCUGGAGAAUCGGUCGAGCGGACCAAGAGGACGCCCCGCAGAAGAAGAGCGCCUUCUGGAGAAUAGGCAGAUCUGAUCCGUUCGACAAGAGGGGCGCAUUUUGGAGAAUCGGCAAGAAAAGUGCGUUUUGGAGAAUUGGGAAAAAAGAGGACUAUGGUAGUGAACACGACGACGACGAUAAAAGAAGUGCCUUUUGGAGAAUUGGAAAACGAAAUGACGACAAAGACAUGAAAAAGAGUGCGUUUUGGAGAAUCGGACGCAACGAGGCUAACUCUCAUACUGACGAUGAAGAUAAGAAAAGCGCUUUCUGGCGAAUAGGUAAGAAAAACGGCCACCAUAUACAGAAACGUGAUACACCUUUUUGGCGCAUCGGUCGCUCAGUAAGCCCCAUUUCACCGGGUUUCUUUGAUGACAGUGACGAUUGGAGAGACGGCCUCGUCGUGGGUGACGACGAUGAUAAGCGCAGUACAUUUUGGCGGAUAGGAAAGAGGCCAAACACUUUUUGGCGUGUCGGCAGAUCAAAUGACAAACGGACUUUCUGGCGUAUUGGCAAACGUGACCCAUACGGUGAUGAGGACCCGACCAAGCGUCUGAACACAUUCUGGAGAGUUGGCAGGAGUUUCCCAGCCGACACCGAUCAUGACUUACAGAUUCGAAGUUUCUGGAGAAUUGGCUAGAAAUUGGUACAAAACAAAUUUUGCUUUGAUAUCGAAUUGUUUAUUACAUUUUACGCAAUGCCGCUUGGGUCAUAUUUGGCAUAUAGAAAAUCACUGUCAUGUAACCAAUUACGUUUAUUAUCGACUAAACCCUUUUGGUUUACAAAGUGACCGGCGUUUGUGGACAAUAGACGUAUUCAUUGCCUAUAGA